AUGGAUGGGGACAGGAAGCUGGUGCAGACUCUCCUGGAGCGGCUUUCGUCGAGGCUCCCGAAUCGGACUGGCGAUGAUCUGAAUGAUGUUAGACGCGAUGAUCUGGUCGCGCUGACGAGGGGGACGUUGAUUGAGCUGGCGCGCAGCCAGAUUGAUAUACUCGUCGAUUGCAUCUCGAAGCAGUUGGAGAUUGUGUCAAGGGGCUACGAAAACUUCUCGCCCCGCUCCCGCCCGCAACUGGUUCUCCUUACACAGACAUACCUCGUUGAAAUACUCGCCGACUGCACCUCCGCCCAUUGGGACACACUCGAUCCCACACACCCGCGGAAAUCACGCCGCCGUGACCGCGAACCACCGCCUCUCGACGAUUCACUAGCUAAAUAUGUUUUGGACUCACUAAUGCGACUCACAGCGUCACCGGCUGCGGACACCGACGCUCAUAGCAUGGUGAUGACUAUCAACACCAUGACAUCUACAGACACUAGACGGGAAAGGGGUUCAAAUAUGUCCGGAUCCACGCACCGUGAUUCGAGAGCUACCAAUCGGGAAAACAGGGACCGAGAUCGAGAUAACAGGGACCGAGAAUCGGAAGUGGAGGCACCGCUGGACGGCCUACCAAAGAAGCCAACAGAGCUAGAACGAGCAACCUACAAGGUCAUUGAAUACUUAUCUGCGAGCAACUGGAAUCUAGUAUAUCACACCUUUUCAAUAAAAUUGAAAACUCUACGGACAACAGCUGCAGACGAUAGUGAUGCGACUAGUCUAUCAUUCAUAUCGCAUCUACACCUAAACUCUAAAAAGCUCUCUCUUCUACUCCAGGAGAUUGGUGGAUCUUUUCUCCCACUUAGGAAAGCACCUCAGAACACCCUUGCUUCAUUGCUGCCAGAAACAAUACAGCGAUGGAUCGACGCUCGACCGGGUGAAUUUGUCGAUCUUCAUGUCGCAAACCGCCGUCUCGAAGGAGGUGCCGAGAUCCUAUUUGACCUUGCCACCGGCCUCGUGGACGGCACAAAGCGGCGGGGUAUCCUAUGGCCUCUGCAGACAAGUCUGGUUCUGCUGCUGCCUGAUGUAUUUUGGGUUCUUGAGAUGCGGGGGGAGCAGCGGGGAGGUAGUUUUGCGAAGAAGGUUGCGUUCCUUAGUAAUUUAAGGCAGUCUUUAAGAUUGCCAAGGAGCUCAGAUAUUGCUGCGUCUUGUCUCAUCACCAUUUGCCGGGCUGGUGCACUGUUUCCGGCGGAGAGCGAGAGUGCAUUGCUGAGUUUUGCACUGGAUGUGCAGAACGAUAUAACGGACGAAAUAUUCAAGAGACAGGGGUGGGGAGGAGCUGCAAUGAGUGUCCUCAACGGAACUAAUGGCAAGGAUGGAGGCAAGGAUGAAGCAGGCGGAAGAGAGAAGGAUGGAGACGCAGUAGAUCGGGAUAUCAUGAUCAAGGCGUUUGUUAGUAGCGCAAGAUUAAACGUGGAGAGCGUAGUGGAAGGACUUCUACCGAGAUGUUUAGAUAGGAGUAGUCCCGUGGGGUUCAAAGUCACAGUUUUUGCAGGAGUUGCGGUGUUGGCUACGCAGAGCAACGCCGAAGAUUACAAUCUUAUUUAUCGUGCUAUUGCCCCUGAAGUUCGCGAAUACUUCAUCACUAUUGCCGCCAUGCGGAAAGCUCCCAAUGGCUCACCCGACAAUAGCGCAACCCGCCAUAAUAACUCAUCUUCCGACUCUAUCGGUUCCGUCGAGCUCCUCUACCAGCUUCUCGAGUUGCUGAAAAUCCGCCCUCUACUAAUGUAUGAGAACCUUCCGUGCCAAACCUCAGAGAGCGAGCCUCGGGAUACGGACCAAGAAUGGGAGAAACUAGGGGACCGCAUUAUUAACGCUAUUCUACGACUGAUCUGCGAUGAUGAUGAGUUUGUGAGGAACUCGGCAGUCAUAUUUGCGAAACGGUUGUUGAGUACCGAGGCAUUCCAGGUUACAAUGCGGCAAAACGGUAAUCUUUCUUUAUUGGCGUUCUUUUGGAAGGCGACGAGUACAGUAGUAGCGAGCCUGAGUAAGAAGUUAUUGGACUUUCAUGCGCAGGAUCCCGGGUUGAAGAGUAUGUUGGAGUUGGUGCAUGGGUAUCUUGAGACAAGGGUUAGUAUCAUCAGUAGUAGGAAGGAGUUCACAGAAGCAUUUACAGACAUCCCUGAGAGAACAAUUGCAAAUGUCUCGCUCGAGGUAUCUUUUCUUGUCUUGCUUUGCAGCAGCGAUCUUGAUAUCUGCUCAAUUACUACUCACGCUAUCGCUCUCCUCUGCGAGGAAGGUCGUCUUACCGAAAACCCUGAUGAUCUCGCCCGCUCAAAUCUCACAGUAAUGCGUAAUUUCCCCGUCUAUUCCGAGCUCUCGCUCCAAACAUUCCGAAUCACCGGCCCUGUCGCAUUCCAGAAACGGUUGCGCAGACUUCUUACUAGAAUGUCGAUGCCCGGGCCCGGAAUCCUAAUGGCGUGGGAGCAGGUCUUUCUUAGAUGGCGGAGCUUGUGUAAGCAUAUUCUUUCAAACACUGGCUCCUUUGACGACCGUAUGCACAUGGAGUGGCGCAACUACAGUGGUUUCCUAGCGAGUGUCGCGGGAUGCUGUAUUGCAGAUUUCCCACAUCAUGGGCGUGCAGAUGAUGCAUCUUUGUCUGGGCUACGAUGGAUUGAUAGACUCGCGAGCGACGGGGAUGGGAUGAGCUUGUUGGAGAGAUUCAUGAAACAGUGUUUGCAGUUGCUACUCUGUAAACUCGUUUCUGUCAGAGAAAACAUCCGAGAAGUGCUAGGCACAGAACUCAACCCGAGAUUGUAUCUGCAACUCUUUAGGUCUUUGGAGGUAGAGUUUAACUAUAUCUUCGACCCAACAACGAAGGAUACACAGACCGAGAACAGAACAUUAUUUGCGGAGCAAGCAUGUAGUCUGUUGAAGACGAUUGUGGAGAGGAUGGAGGAUUCACAGGAUAUGUUCCUUACUGUUGACCUCGGAGCACUAACGUUGAGUCUGGCGAGGUAUCUGGGGAGUUUAAAGGAGGAUAAUACUGCACUCAGGGUGAAGAUCCGGAUGUGCCAGCUUGUGGAGCUGGUUGCAAGGAAAAAAGAGAUUGUAAACUUGAGGCAGGAUAUCAGAGUGAGGAACAAUCUGCUGCAAAUAUUAGUAGGGUGGAUGAGUGCUAUGCAGAAAGGUGAGGUAUACCAGGGCUCGGGGAUCCGCAAAGACGAGUUUUUCAGACUGCAGAGGGACCUCGAUAGGGCUUGUCUCAAAGCGCUAGUAAACCUGCUACAUCGACUACCCUUACAACCCUCGGAAACGGCGAACGAUACCGAUGUCGUUGAUGCAAGGAGUCAGAUGUUUUGCUCGUAUUUCACAAACUUUUUGGCGCUCCUUGAUUCUACGAAUCUAGGAGACGAUAAAAGACGUGACAUGCAGACUGUCUCCCUUGCGAAAGACGAUGCAAGCAGUUUCCAGGAACUUGCGAUACUGGCGUUGUCGAAUCUUUUGAGCGCAAACGUGGACGUUGGUCUCAAGUUCUCUCUAGAAAUUGGCUACCAUGAUGAUGUGGAAAUGAGAACAGCUUUCAUGCAUGUGCUCACAAAUAUCCUCACACAAGGUACUGAAUUUGGCACGCUGGGUGAUAGUGCAAUUGGAGAAAAGUAUGAGCGGUUGAUCGAUUUGUUGGUGAACGAUCUACAAUUUGCAUUGGCACUUUGUGAUUCGUGCCCCAGCAGCGAGGUGGACGAAAUCAGUGUUGCGCUGCUCAAUAUAUUUGAUUCCCGGGGACUGGGACUGACAUUAUUGAAGGAGCUGAUUGAGCAAGAAGUUGCCAAUACUGAGAGUGAAAGCGAGCUGCUGAGGAGGAAUUGCGUUGCAACGAAAAUGCUCAGUGUAUUUGCUAAAUGGAAGGGAAGUGAUUACCUCCGGAAAGUGUUGCAAAAGGUCUUGCAGAGGAUGAUCAUAGCGAGCGAUGAUCUGGAACUUGAGCUGGACCCCGGACGAACUAGCAACACGGAGGAGAUACAGAAGAAUGAGAUGCAGCUGAAGUACCUCACUAAGGUCUUCCUUAAUGAGAUCUGUAAGAGUACCAAAGAAAUUCCGAACAGUUUCCGGUGGAUAUGCCAUACAAUCUCUUCCUGCGUCUUUGACCGGUUCCCGGAAGCAAAGUUUACUGCUGUUGGCGCCUUUAUAUUCCUUCGAUUCUUUUGCCCGGCUAUCGUAGCACCGGAUAGCGAGGGCCUCAUCAAUAAAUCUCCGAACAAAGAGAUGAGGAGAGGCUUACUGCUUAUCGCCAAGAUUGUACAGAACCUUGCGAACAAUGUGCUUUUCGGGGCAAAGGAACCGUACAUGAUCCCAUUGAACGAGUUCCUAACCCAACACAUCUGGAUUGUUACGAGCUUUCUAAGGGAGAUCUCAAGCCCACCACAAACAGUUGAGGCCGUUGUUGCACAAGAGAGUUUUGACUUUGGGAGUAGUGUUGCGUUGCACAGGUUUUUGUACGAUCACUGGGAGGUUGUGAGGCAGAAGUUGAUUUUCCAGGAGAAACAUAAAGCGAGGAUAAAGGGGGAUAAGAGCUUUGAUGGGCCGACAGGAUUGCAACUAAGUAUAACGAAGUUCUCAAGCUUAAUCAGCACCCUUGGCGCACCACCGCUGGAUGUUAGUUGGGGACGACCAGCAGUCUCUGGGAGUAUCCAACCAGCUUAUUCAAGAUAUCAACACUUUAUGCUGAGGAACAGUGGGAGAAGUGUGGAGAGUAUUUUGAGCGCUAGGAUUGUGUAUGAUGGCGGGGAGACGAAAGAUAAUGUUCCAGUCAUCUGCCUCGUGCUCAGGAAUAUCAAUGCCGGUACCAUGGAUCCAGAUCUCCUCAUCUACUGCUUCCUCAAGAUCGCCUCAAGGGUCUGGCACAAGAAUUUUGCAGUAUUGAUCGAUGCAACCUGUUACUCUCUGAGCAACGAACUCCCGGAUCAGGUCUAUAAGAAAAUCAACUCAUUGAUGCCUCCAGACAUGAUCAAGAAUUAUAGCCGCGCUUACAUCUACAAUAUGAAUAGUGCUUACCGCAAGUUUUUCCGACGGCAACUCCGAUAUGCAGUCCGAGACGAUACUCAUGCUUGGCAUCCAAGCAAUAUCGACUUUAUCAUGCUAGGUUCCGUCUCAGAACUGCAGCAACAUUUUAAUUUGGGGAGUUUACACCUGCCGAAAGAGACUAUGAGCUUUUUGAGCGAUUCUAGAUAUGUUUUCCAUCACAUCACGAAGCUCAGCAAGACUAGAGGGAAAAUAGAUGUUGUCUUCAAGGUCGGUAGCCAAUAUAUUCAGAUCACGCCGACAGCGAAACAGGAGAUUGUUGCCGCACUUCAUAUGUUUGCAACUGUAAACGACAUAUUUAGACUCACCGAUGUUGAAGAAGCAAACCCUAGCUUCUACACUGACGACGAGAACGCUUUUGGGAUUAAAACGGACAACGGGAAGGUUCCGAUGUAUUUCACAAGCCCGAGGAAAAACGAUAUUCUUCAGACGCUCAAGACCAGCAAGGCUAAAUAUAGUAAAGAUAAUAAGCCCAGUAAGACGAACGAACGCACAAUUCGUCCAGAGGAUGUGCCGGGGACAUUAUUGAAUAUUAGCUUAAUGAACAUUGCGAGCUCUGAUCAGUCGCUGAGGUUGGCGGCGUACAAUUUGUUGUGUGCGUUAUGCCAGACGUUUGGAUUUAAUCUGGAUAGGCCAUUUGUGAGCGCGAAAGGCCUGAGUAUCCCAAUGGACCCGGUAGCCCUGAUUGUUGGAGUGAGUGAAAAACUGGCUGCGAGCGAGCCACAAUUGACAUACGACUUUAUGUCAGAAUUUUUUGUUGGCUGGGAAAAGACACCUCCACAACAGCGGCCCCUCAAUAUUCUGUAUAUGGUUCCGUGGCUGUCAAACCUAUAUUCUCAGGUUCUCAUGAGUGGUGAUGACAGCGAGCGCGGAAGGGAGAGACUUGCUACUAUCGCUCGGAAAAUGAUUGAUAUCACCGUUCGAGAGCCAAGGCUGUAUACGACAUUCCAGCAGAAUGCUUGGUCGGUGAUUAGCAAAGACGAAGGAUUACUGGACGUCUUCUUAGAUGAAAUGGUUAAAACUGCCUUGAAUUUCGGCUUUGGCACUGACGGGGCUGAAACAAUCGGGUCUAUCGCGUCAAGCUUUGGCACGCUAACGAUCAGGGGAAAGAUAAUCAUGAGGAUCCGAAAAGCAAUUACCAAGUCCUCGCUAAGACCAACCCGCCACCUGGUUGAUAACGUUGUAUGGAGCGAGAUCUGUGUUCUCUUGCGUGUAUGCCUUGCGAUAUCAUUCGACAGCAGGGUUCAGGCACAGAUGUAUCUACCUGAACUGUUCCAUAUUAUCACGAUGGUGGUCAACUGCGGGUCAAUCCUAGUCCGUUCAACGGUUCACAGCUUGCUCGUUAACACUAUCCAUUCGAUAUGCGUUUCGUUUCCCCUAGAGGAAGUAAAGUUGACGGAGCUGAAGGCUAUUCUUACGAACUUGUCGGGCCCAAAAUUAUGUUUGCUGUUUAGUUUAAAUCGACCAACAUCAAGGGAUCAGGUGACGAUUCAAGAUCAAAGGACAGCGGAGCCGACGACUGCUACGAGUAUGGAGCAGAUUACGAACUUGUUGCUGGAAAUAGUGUCGAUCGCGGCACCGUCGAUUGAUAUGGCAAAUAUCUGGAGAGCACGAUGGAUGAGUCUCGUUGCGAGUACCGCCUUCCAGACAAAUCCGGCUAUUCAGUCAAGAGCAUUCUCAGUGAUGGGCUGUUUGGCGAGGGAGGAUGUCGAUGACGAUCUUCUCUACCAGGUUCUUGUUGCGUUGAAAAACUCACUGGCAAGGUUCCUCCAAGAAAGCAAUGAUAACGAGAUGUUGACCAGCAUCGUAACGAGUCUCACAAAAAUGAUGGAGAACCUCUCGCCAUCAUCCCGUUACCUCCUGCAACUUUUCUGGCUAGCAAUAUCGUUGGUCCGUGUUGGAUCUGGACUGAUCUUUAACUGUUCUGCUGCGCUUCUAGAGGCAACUCUGCGUACAAUUGCUGCAUCGGGCGAAUUCAAAAAUAACCGCAUGGUCUCCGUUCUCCUCCUAGGUAAGCCCACCGUUGAAGAAGCCACCAACGCCAUCGACGAAUUAUACGGUCUUCAAUUCAACCAAGACUCUUUUCAUAUUGCCGUUGCUGCAACACUCGCCAAAGGACUCCAAGAUCCAUCGACAAAACCAGCUGCUCUCCGUACGCUGACAACGUUUAUGGAAGUUGUUGCUACCAACACGCCAGAGAAUGUUAGGUGGGGUAUUGACAUACCUGUUCCGCCGUAUUUGGCGAUGGUCUGCACUCGUGCCACCAGUAUUGUAGAGUUGAAAGAGAUUCUUUGGGUUGUUGGCAUUGCUCUUGAUGGAGAUGAAACUAUCGAGGCGGAAUGCUACAAUAAGUUGGGACCCCUCCUCGACGGAAUGAGUGAGCAAAACCUACUCCUCACUGGGGUCUUGGGCGUCAUCGAUUUCAGGUCCUGUGAGGAGAGCAUCCAGCGGCAAACUUUAUCCAUCUUUACCAUGCUGGCUAGACGUAGGCCCGAGGUUCUUCUACUGCUAUAUGAUCAUCUAUUAGAUCACCUCGAUGACGUACUCAGUACUUCGCACAGCCCAAUGCUCCUCAAGGAAGCGAACACACUCAUGUGUGUGACCUCUGCCGACCCGAGAUUUGCAAACAGAAGAGAUUCAAAGGAGGCACUUGCCACGUACCUAGAUAGAUGGGGGCUGGGUGGAAUAUGGUUCUCGACGAGCUUUAAAACAACAAAGGAUCUCGAGAAGAGAUGUGCGGGGCUUACUAUCAAAUUGAUUGAGUCGAUUAUAUUAUGA